AGGAUUUUUGCAUUAAACACGUGUAUAUCUUUAAAUAUAUCUAUUCGAUCCAUCAUUGGCAAGAUAUUAUAAGUAAAUAUUGUGGAAUUUAUAAAAAGCCCACAUAGUUUUGGGUCUAUAAAAGCCUUGCCCGGUUGCAAAUUUAAUUUAGACAAAGUUUGAAAAAAGAAUUCAAUGCAUUCUCUUACCAUUGCCAUCCUGCUGGCCGCCUUGGCUUUCAGCUACUCUGCCACGAGUCCCAGGCUCUUUGAAGGACCCUCGAAGGUGUUCCAGCUACUGAGUGUCGCUGGAGAGAUGCAGCAGAUUAAUCCUGGCCUGACUGCCCCUUGCUUUGCCUACUAUGAGGGGAUCUUUAACAAGGAGUACGAGGUUUACCGUGCCGCCUACAACGAGUGCAUCAACCAGUUUAGCGCGGGAAAGAACGGAGUCCUGGAACGGUAUGAUGGCAUUGUUUGGAGUCUGGGCAACUCCACUUAUGACUCCUGCCAGGCCUUGAUCAAGUGCAACACGAAGGACAACAGUCUGGACUCGCUGAAUUGCUACAGCACUCAGGGCACUGACAACUCCGAGGAGGUGGCUAACAUUGCCUCCAAUGCCACUAUUAGUGCUGGUUCCUUGUCCCAAGAGAUCUCUCAGCUGGAAUAUACCCGGGAUCUGUGCACCAAUACCACUUCUCGCAACUAUGACAUCAGCUACGAUGCUUCCUACGAGGAGUUCCAGAGCUGUCUUUCCGGAGAGUCUGCAGUGCCGGUUUCUAAUGCUUAAUUCUAUACUAUAUCAGUUUUUAUAAACCUAAUAAAUGUGAGAAACUAUAGCAAA